AAAGCCGUUGAGAUUGAAAACCGUAAAAAUGAAUAUCAAAAGGAAACUCGAGUGAGGAAGAAAGAGUAGGCAUAGGAUGGAGGACGAAGAAUCAAACUCGAGCAGUGUGGAGCAGAUUCUGGAUCUUCUCCACGCAGCCGGCUACGUUGACGCCACAAAUUCCGAUGCACCGCCGUCUCAGAAGAUCGCCGGCGGCCUCUCCUGGUGUAUCGCUGCCUUAAUAGACCACGACGACACGCGUGGCAUUGAGGAAUCUUUAAGAUUAGUUGGAUGCCCGCACCCUCUUCGACCCUCCCACGUUCAAGAUCUUCAUACUCAGCCUCUUCUUCCUGUAAUUCAGUGGCUUACUUCGCACCUUCCGCAAAAUAGAGAACACCGUGUCAACGAGGUUUUUCGUGCUGAAAAUACCAUUGAGGUGGAAGAAUGUAGAGCUUCGAGUGAGACAUUGAGUGGAAACUUGGAUGAACUGAAUCACCGGAAGAUGAAUGUUGUGAAGCAAUUAAAUAUUAUACAAAAGAGAAUCAAUAAGGAGGAUGCUGAUUCUGCUGUACAGAAGUUGGUUUCUUUAAUGACAUCUUUGAAGGAUCUUCAGAAGCAGGAAAAUUACUUUCAUUCCAAUCGUGAUUCUAAACAAUCAGAACUUCAAGCUGAAAUUAGUGAAUUAGAGAGGAAAAUAACAAAUGACAGUGAUAAUGAGAACCUCUCUGACGGACUACAUUGUUCUUUUACUGAAUUAAUUGAAAAAGUCAAUUUGAUGAAAAAGCAACUUGCUGCUAGACUGAGGGAUAUUGUAGCAGUAAGACGACAGAUUGAUGACCUACCAUGUCAAUCAGAAGUCAUCCAGUACGAACGCCGGCUAUCAGAACUGUAUGCGCAAAUCCAGGGGAAACAUCGACAAACUCGUAAAUACUAUGCUACCUACAAUGCUUUCUUGGAAAUAAAAGAAUUGAUGUUAAAGGAAACAUCUUUAUUGAAUUCGAUCAUUUCCCAGUUUCAAGAGGCCUUUAGUAGCACUGAUGGACGUACAAAACUUGUUCAUUCUAUGGAAGGAAUUGUCAAGGGAAGUCAACAGAAAUUAGAAAGGGUUCAUGUAGGGCUUCAAGAAGAAGAGAGAAUUCGUAAUGAUCUGAAGCAGAGGUAUGCUGCAGCAAUCGGUGAGCAGAAGCGCUGCUAUGCUCUGUUGAAAGCUUUUCAGGCCCAGUGUGCGAAGAAUGAGAGGUUUGGGUGUCCAAGUUCCGAGUGAAAAUAUCCGAAAACUUGGAGGUUAUGUUGCACAAAAUAUUGUAUUGUGUCAAAGCAAAAGGUGGCUUCCAAUGUCUGUAUUUAUCUGUACCAUCAUGUUGGAUGGAUUGAACAGAAUCAGCUGCAGUUUAAAAGCUGAUGCAUGAGUUGCAGUUAUGAUGAUUCACAUUUAUUGAUUGCUAUGUACAAAUUUAUUUUACAGCAAUAUAAAGCAUUCUUUACAGGUUUUUCUAAAA